AAGACAAGGAUAAGAUGUCGGAUUUCUGACUCCCUGUCAAUCAUUAACAGAGCUCUGUAGGCGGCCCAAGUUUGAAGUUGAACUACAUCUCCCAGCAUCCCCUAGAAAUAGCCUCCGUCCUUCGUGCAGCUCUCUUGAGUUCCGCUGAUGACACGGCAUGGCAAGAACUGCACUGCGGGAGCUGUCUACACCUAUCACGAGAAGAAGAAGGACACAGCGGCCUCAGGCUAUGGGACCCAGAACAUCCGACUGAGCAGAGAUGCCGUAAAGGAUUUUGACUGCUGCUGCCUGUCUCUGCAGCCUUGCCACGAUCCUGUCGUCACCCCAGAUGGCUACCUGUACGAGCGAGAGGCAAUCCUGGAGUACAUUUUGCACCAGAAGAAGGAGAUUGCCAGGCAGAUGAAGGCCUAUGAGAAGCAGCGAGGUGCCCAGCGGGAUGAGCAGAAGGAGCUGCAAAAGGCAGCGGCCCAAGACCACGUGCGUGGCUUCCUAGAGAAGGAGGCAACCAUUGUGAGCCGUCCCCUCAACCCCUUUACUGCCAAGGCUCCCACCGGGACUGGCCCAGAUGAUGCCCAGCCUGGACCCAGUGCGGGACCCCCAGGAAAGGACAAGGACAAAGUGCUGCCCAGCUUCUGGAUCCCCUCCUUGACUCCCGAGGCCAAGGCCACCAAACUGGAGAAGCCAUCACGCAUAGUCACCUGCCCCAUGUCUGGGAAACCACUGCGCAUGUCGGACCUGACGCCGGUGCGCUUCACACCUCUGGACAGCUCCGUGGACCGUGUGGGGCUCAUCACGCGCAGUGAACGCUACGUGUGUGCUGUGACCCGCGAUAGCCUGAGCAAUGCCACUCCAUGUGCUGUGCUGCGGCCCUCUGGGGCUGUGGUCACCCUUGAGUGCGUGGAGAAGCUGAUUCGGAAGGACAUGGUGGACCCAGUGACUGGUGACAAGCUCACAGAUCGUGACAUCAUCGUGCUACAGCGGGGUGGCACGGGCUUUGCAGGCUCUGGAGUGAAGCUGCAGGCUGAGAAGUCACGGCCAGUGAUGCAGGCCUGAGUGUGCGCAGGGGAGACCAAAUAAACAGGCUCAGGUGC